UGACUCUCAUGAAAUUUGUGUUGGCACAUCCUUGUCCGGUUGCGAGUGCUGCUCUCUCUCUAUGUCACAAAAGCGGAGGCAUCCCUUUAAAUUAGUGACAUGGAUACAUGCGCAGAGGGAAAAGGAUUACACGCAAAAAGAGCUGCCGAGGGAGUACCUGGGCAGUACAGAUAAGUUCAGUGAACAAAUCAGCAUUUACACUGGCCACUGCACAGAUGGAUACACUACUGAUGAUAUUGAAUUUUACUGGAAUGGAGGAGAGUCGGCAGUAACAGGAGUUAAUAACAUUGAGCUCCCGCAAUUUUCUAUCGUUGAUUACAAGAUGGUAUCAAAGAGAGUGGAAUUUACAACAGGAGCAUAUCCUCGAUUAUCGCUUAGCUUCCGGCUUAAAAGAAAUAUUGGAUACUUCAUUUUGCAAACUUAUAUGCCUUCCACACUAAUCACAAUUCUUUCAUGGGUAUCUUUUUGGAUCAAUUAUGAUGCCUCUGCAGCCAGAGUUGCCCUAGGAAUCACAACUGUGCUGACCAUGACCACCAUCAGCACCCACCUCAGGGAGACCUUGCCAAAGAUUCCCUAUGUCAAGGCAAUAGAUAUUUACCUGAUGGGAUGCUUUGUGUUUGUGUUCCUGGCCUUGCUGGAAUAUGCCUUUGUAAACUACAUAUUCUUUGGGAAAGGACCUCAACAUCAAAAAAAGACAGCAGGCAGGGCAGGACAUGCUCCAGGCAAGAAGAGCAGACUGGAAACAAACAGAGUCCAGGUUGAUCCCCAUGGAAACAUGCUUCUUAGACCACUUGAAACACGAAAUGAUGUCAGCAGCUCAGAUGUGUUCACGAGCCUCCGUGACCCUCGAGCCACCACAUACACAUAUGACAGUGCCAACCUGCAGUACAGAAGAGCCACUUCCAGCAGAGAUCUCUACAACAGGAGUCCUCUGGACAGGCACAGGCUUCAUAAGAAAGGACACUUACGAAGAAGGGCAUCCCAGAUCAAAGUCAAAAUCCCUGACUUGACUGAUGUUAACUUGAUAGACAAGUGGUCCAGAAUGGUCUUUCCCAUCACGUUUAUUGUUUUCAAUGUUAUUUACUGGUUGUAUUAUGUCCACUAAUUUAUGCAAUAAUGUUACCACAGACUAACUUAAUUAGACUUGUUUCUUCUCAAUUUUGUUAACUCUGAAGAACUUCAGUAGCUAUAAUGUUACAUGUUCACUGUAAGAUACCCAGCCAUGGAACACUUCUAGAUUUAAGCUUUC